AUGGAGGAAUCAAAGGAAGAUCAUUCACGAGGAUAUGGGGUAGAGCAUCAUUGGACUAAACGAAGUAUAUUUUGGGAAUUGUCAUAUUGGAAAACUCUUCUACUCCCACAUAAUAUUGAUGUAAUGCACACUGAAAGAAAUGUUUUUCUCAAUAUUUUGUACACUGUAAUGGACACCAAAGGGAAAACAAAGGAUACCUUCAAGUCUAGGAAGGACUUGGAAGAAUAUUGUAUGCGUGGAGGUUUAGAAGUACAACAAACUGAGAAUGGCAACUUUUUGAAACCAAAGGCACAAUAUGCAUUAACCAAACAGCAAAGACUAAGUGUUUGUGAAUGGGUUUCAGAUCUUAAGCUUCCAGAUGGUUAUGUUUCCAAUUUGGCCAGAUGUGUUGAUAGGAGUGAAGCAAAGUUGUCUGGCAUGAAGAGUCACGAUUGCCAUGUAUUCAUGCAGCGGUUGCUUCCAAUAGCAUUCAAAGCUUUACCGAAGCCUAUUUGGAACACACUUACUGAAUUUUCCCAAUUUUGGAGAGAAAUUACUUCAUCAUUGUUGAUGGAAAGUAAAUUGCACAUUAUGGAGGAAAACAUUCCAAUAAUUCUGUGCAAAUUAGAGCAAAUAUUUCCCCCAAGUUUCUUUGACUCAAUGGAACACCUCCCAAUUCAUUUGGCAUAUGAAGCAAGUCCUGUCCAGUACAGAUGGAUGUAUCCGUUUGAGAGGUUUAUACGAACAUUAAAACAAAAGGUAACAAACAAGGCUCGUGUAGAAGGCUCAAUUGCCAAAGCGUAUUUGCUGGAAGAGAUGUCUACAUUUGCUUCAUAUUAUUAUCCUACUGAUGUUCCAUCAAGGAGAACAAGGGUGCCACGGAAUGAUGGAGAAGGCUCAUCUGAGAAUCCGCCAUUGUCUAUUUUUAAUCAUCCAGGUCGUAGUUAUGGAAAAUGUAUCACCUCUACCUUGAAUGAUAAGGAAAUGGAAGCUGGACAUUUGUAUAUUUUGUUGAAUUGUCCUGAGGUGGUACCUUACAUCAACAUAUACUCAGAUCUUCUACGAGAACUAGAUCCAGAGAUAAAUGAUGAAGACUUGGACAAACAAAUUUCCAUGAGGUUUCCUACUUGGUUGAAAUCAUAUGUGCUUGACUCAAGAAAUCAAAUUGAUGAUGUGCUUUUGAAGAGUUUGGCAUGGGGUCCUCUUAGAAAUGUCAAGAAGUGGCGUAAUUAUAUUAUUAAUGGAUACAAGUUUGUCACAAAAUCACAAAAUGAAGGAAUGAGUACGACAAAUUAUGGUGUAUGUGUUAGAUGUGGGGAAAAUGAUUCAGUGGGCAAUGAUUAUUAUGGGAUGUUAAUUGACAUUUUUGAGUUGGAGUACACUGGUAGCCCUACUAAGAAGGUGGUUUUAUUUCAGUGUGAUUGGUUUGAUCCUAGCCCUCAAGGAACAAGGAUUGAUGCUUAUGGAAAUGUUGAGAUUAAAAAAUCUAGGAGAUACCCAAGUUAUGAUCCAUUCAUACUAGCUCAACAAGCAGAGCAAGUGUACUUUUCAUCCUAUCCUGAAGGGCAACAAAGCUGGCUAGCUGUUAUAAAAACCAAGGCGCGUAAUGCCAUUCAAUUUUUGGGGAAAAAUAAACCUGAUGAUGCUUAUCAAGAUGAUGAUGUACAAGAAAUGCCCACAAUGGUUGCAAAUGACGAUCUUGAGGAAAUUCUUGUUGACAUAGCUGAUGAAGGAGAAGAAUUACCAUGGAACCAAAUGGAUUUGGAAGAUUUAGAAGAAGAUGAAGAAGAAAUUGAAUACUCAACAAGUAGUGAAGAAGAGGAAGAACUUAUAGAAGAAGAUGGGAAUUCCGACUCUGACAUGGAGUAG